AUGGAGAUAGCCUUACAGGAGAAAAGUAAAGGAAUACUUUACGAAGGUUAUACGAAGUCAUUUCGUCAGUGUAUUUUCGAAGAAGGAGACGUUGUCGGGAAGAAUGAACGAUACGAAUUUCGGUGUGACGAUGAGUUAGAUUGUUGUGGGCGCACUUGCUGUAUACCUGAAGCAACUACUAUUCCACUAUGGUUGAUGAUAAUCUUUAUUAUCCUGGCCGCAGUACUGCUACUUGCAGUUCUUGGUACUCUUGUUUGGCUUUUGGCUAAGCGAAGGAAGCCAAGACCAAAGAAAGCAGAAUUUGUGAACGACUCAUCGUCGCAACGCAUGCCAAAAAGCUAUUUGACGUCACACUCACAACGGCAUGGCACCCAAGGAAGUGGACGUGAUCCUGACGGUAGAGGGCUGCUCGCACAUGAGCAGGAAACCUACAGUACUCCUGAUCAUCUCUAUGGCUACAGCCGCUCGUAUAACCACAGAGGUAGCCAUCGCGGGUAUCCAUCACGUCGGGACAGCUAUGAACCCACUAUGUAUAAUAACGAUAAUGGCUACGACCCUGUUGGUGGUGUUGGUGGAGGUCUCAAUACUGACCGCGGCGUUAAUGAGGGCGGCAUCACGCGAGAGAUCGCGAUUUGUGACGCUCGCCGUGACUUCACACGAACACAUGGCGACCGCUCGAAUGAAUUAGGUGACUCACGUAUCACCGUGUCAAAACCUGAUUUAACAUAUGAGAAAAGGACAAAAAGCACAAAUAUGGUUUUAGAGAAAUUCAUUCCGUCCCCAAUGCAAGAGGAAUCACUUCCGCAACCUAGUGCGGAACUUAUUCUACAGAGGAACGAGGAUGAGAUCAGUCGUGCUCUCACAUUCGACAUGAGCGAAGCUCCACGUCUCAAGCCUCAACGAGCUCAGCAUGCCUUCUACAGGUCCCAAACCGGACAGAUUGCCAGUUACAAUUAG